GAUUUCCCAUGUUAGAGUUCCAGUUCGGAGAGAGGGGCAGUUGCCUUCAGAUAAGUUAAACCUACGUGCCUUUUUGUUUUCAAGUUCAAUGUUCGGAAGAUAGGCUAAUAGCCAUUGCAAAUUUGUGUGCCUAGUUUGAAGAAAACAUUCAAGGAGACAUGGAUACCGGCGACUUAAGAGAGACAUGUUCCUCAGAUGAAGAAGGCAUCUUCUCCUCACUGGCAUCCCCAAAGGACCAGAAAACAUCCGUGUCAAGCUUACCUUUUAGCGUGGAAACUUUGAUGUCGGAUAGAGGAACGCGGAGCUACCUGGCACAACAAAAUAAGGGAAUGUCGUGUUUAACGAGAAGGGACAAUCCAUUCACAAUUUUUAGAGACACGGUGGGUUCUGAAGACUUAACCAAGCAUUUCAUUCCGUCUUCGCCCGUGAAGUCCGAAACAUCAGACCACGACGAUGCCCCGUCUUGGGCCGCGCGAUCCAGAUUAUCAUCACCUCCUAGACAGCUGAGCCCUGCCACUUGCUCGCUGCGAAAGCACAAGACGAACCGCAAGCCACGCACCCCCUUCACCACCUCCCAGCUGCUGGCUCUGGAGAGGAAGUUCCGUCAGAAGCAGUACCUGUCCAUCGCCGAGCGGGCCGAGUUCUCCAGCUCACUCAGCCUGACUGAGACCCAGGUGAAGAUCUGGUUCCAGAACCGGCGGGCCAAGGCCAAAAGACUGCAGGAGGCCGAGCUGGAGAAGCUCAAGAUGGCCUCCAAGCCCGUGCUGCACCCGAGCCUGACUCUGCCGUUCCCCCUCGCGUCCCAGUUCCAGGUGUCCGGCUCCCUCUACGGACAGACUUACCCUUUCCGCCGACACAUGCUUCCCUUGCCCCCCAUGGGGCUCUAUGGAAGCCCGAUGGGAUACAGUGUCUAUCAUCUGUCCUGAGUUACCCCGACUCCCCAGCACCUCGAGAGAUGCUUUCAUGAUAGUCAGCAGAGAGUUAAUCACUACACCCUUCUCAAUAAGCUGUUUGCAGAUUGACCGCAUGUAUGCAACAACAAUGCACCUUACAGUGACAGCCUACACAACAAACACCAGAAGGACUGUGAUAAUUAGUCCUGCUUUCAAGUACUUAUAGUGUAUAUUUUUGUUUAGUCUGGCUAUGUUCCGAUUCAAUACCCAUUCAACCAGAUGACUGCUGUGUGGAUGUAGAUUUAUGUGUUUCAGGAAAAAAAAGACAAGUAGUUUGAUGUUGUCACUGAGCAGUGCUUUAGAAAUUGAUUUAUUUUUCACCUAAAGUAUUUUUCACCUAAAAAAAUCCAAAGAUUUAUGGGUAUGAAAAAGAACGCUCUCAUCAUUGUGAGAGAGUAUACAAUGUUGGAAAUGUGUUUCAGCUCUUAUUGCAAGAUUGCACUCUAGACAUGCUGAUGCCAGUAUAAAACAAUUGGAAAAGUGGAAUGGAUUUUUUUUAUGUCCUUUGAAAGGGCUUUGUUAGAGUUUUAUUUCUUUUUUAUGUUGAAUAUAUGCUCUUAUCCUUUCACAGUACUAUUAAACAUAUUUAUAUAGAGGAGUUGUACUAUAAGAUUA